AUGCCCCAGGUGAACGGCUCGUCAACACCUAGAACAGGCAUACCCACUCCCAAGGGGAGCCGCUUACGGCCCCAAGUGGCGGUGGGUACGCCGACGCCAUUACGCGUGCCAGCGCCAGUGACGCCAGUGACGCCUGACACGCCCAGUAGGCCGGCGGCAUCACGCGUUGUCCGCUCGUCGCGGCCCAGUCUCACCACGCGCCCUUCACCCCCUGCCUCGUUUCCCAGUACAGUCUCUCCGACAACCAAGCUCGAGAGGCCGCCCAGUCGGACGAGCACGCCGAAGCGCGUCGCAUCGCCAGCCAGAUCUGUUGCGAGGAAGAAGUCCAUCACCCAGCUCCAAGAACCAACACCACCGCUGCCGUCUGCCGCUCCUGCAUCACAGCCAUACGCCCCUCCCGCACUAUCACAUCAAUCCACCCCGCCCACCCCACCGCUUCCCACGCCCGUGGUGGAGCCACCACCGAAACCGCCCCGCAAUGCGCGUAGAGCCGAUCCUCACGCGCAACCACCCGAGCUCCAGACGUCGGAGCUAGACGUGCUCAAGGCGCGGCUGGAAUCUCUCCAGACGCAGUACCGCGUCCUCCAGACCGAGCAUGCGCGGUGUGCACCGCGCGUUGCGCGUGUCCCGAACCUUCCGGCGGGCGUGAGUGCCGACAAGGUCCUCGAGCUACUGUAUGACCGCGCGACGCUUGGAGCCAUUGUACAUGCCAUGCCGAGGGAACAGCGCACUAGCUUGCUCGGCGUCAUGGCUGAGGCAUGCCGGCCAAGCGAUAUUCAAGCGCAGAUCGAUGUGCUGGAGCAGCUGAAGGAAUGCCGAUCUGGCGUGCUGGGACGGAUGGACGACAAGCUUGUCACCUGUGCCAUCCAGUUCCUCCCCAGAGGUGAUAUCCUCAACCUCCGCCUCGUGUCCAAACGGUAUGACCGGUUAGCCUCACUGCCUGCCGUAUGGCGCCCAAUGUGCAAGGAGUUAGAGGCGACGUGGGACGGUACAAUCGAUCUCAGCAACUAUGGGCUUGAGGAGGAUGGUGACUGUGGCUCGUACGAUGAUACCAUCCGCAUCUGGCACCUUCCUUACGCCGUCACGAGCGCGAAGGCCGUGCCGCCGCCGCAGGUCAUUCCCGCCAAGUCGGUGUCGAGUUUGGACUACUACGCUCCAGAGCAGGUGCUCGUGACGGGUUCGCAUGAUGUCGGGCGGGCCACACUGUGGCGGCAGAUCGACGGCGAGUGGAAGGCGGACCGCAUCUUGUCUGGCCACCUGCACGGUACGCGUGCUGUUGCUAUCAACGCGCAGUGGAUGAUCUCAGUGGGCUCUGACAAGGCAAUCGUCGUCUGGGACUGGCGCAGCGGAAGCAAGGUCGUGCGGUUCGGCCAGCAGACCAACGUCUGCAUCGGCAUGAACUUGCUGGACAACUUCAUCAUCACUGCCACAGUCGACGGCGUCAUACGCAGCUUCUCGAUCCAGAAGCGCGAGAUGCUCGGCUCGUUCAAGCUCUCGGACCUGGCGGCCAGGCAGCCCGAGUACGCAUCCAAGCUCAAGGACGUCGGCGUUGGCGCCUUAGGCAUGCUUACGUGGUUCGAGGCAGAGGGCCGCUUCAUGGCGUGCGCGACUAAGGACAUCGUCAUUCGUCUCGCGUGGGACUGGGCGACCUCUGAGGAGCAGCAGGAGAUGGAGGACGGCGUGCCUUCCUCGCUCAGCCCAAGCAAGGACGCGUCUGUCGCACCUCUGCGUCCACGGCUCAGCGCUGGCGUCGCGGGGUCGCCCAGACCGCAGUCACCUGCGGCACCUCGCCGGGCGGCUGCGAGUCCGGUGCACAAGGCAACGGCGACGGCGACGGCGACGGGCUCCAAGCUGAUAGACACCCUCACGAACGUCAGCGACGACGUGGCUGCCACAAGUGGGACAGCGAGCAAGUACGCGUUCAUGCGGCCGCCACGCAUCGUCGAGAUCCUCGACAUCACGGGCACGGAGCGCGGCGCGUUCGAGGCGGGCCGCGUGCGCAUAAUCACCAGCCGCCGCCUCUCAGUCAAGGCCGGUGCAGAGCGCCGCGUAAUUGUUGGCACGGAGCGGCUUGGCGAGAAUGGGGACCCCACUAUGAAGCUUGUAUCGCUGGGUGGCAAGUGGGACACGCAGGGCCGUGAGGCGGGACUGCACAUCGCUGCCAAGAACCCAAUGAGCCUGGCCCUGGACCACGACAAACUUGUUUACGGCUGUACCGACGGAUCAAUCGUCGUCGCGGGCUUUGUGGGCGCAGACGGUGUUGUAAAGCCGAACUCGAACCCCAUGCCGAGCAAGCCCGCGCCCCGGAAGAGUAAUAAGAGGUCUCCAUAG